AUGUUAUCUGCGAACGAGCUUGGCAUUCUUUUCCCUCUGCCUUCCUCUCCGCCAGCGCCUCAUCUUCCGCAACAUUUUCCUGGAGUCACACAUGAGAGCAAGGUCGCUGUCACCGAAGCGCUCAAGAAUAAUCAUAUUCAACGACAUGCCUUCGUGAAUGAGCGACAGUUUCAUAAUUCUGAUAGCCAUGCGUCCCACCAUCUACUCGCUAUUUUCGCUCUCGGCGGUCCUGCACCCGUCUUUGACGCGAUAUUUGAUGUCCAAUUGACGCGCACGCUACCUGCAAUCACAUCUCCCGGGCAGAUCACUUCGCAGAACGUCUAUGAACACCUGGGUGAACCGACCUAUUACAAUGCUUACCUUUCUUUCUUUCGCGAGGCGGUAUUGCAGAAGGGAGGUUCAGCUGUUAUGGAGGAGUACAUAUUCGCUCCCUCCGCUAACUUUGAUGAUUCCGCCAAGACUCCCCGCCGGAUGCUGAGUCGGAUGCUGGCAGUCCUGUUUCAUCCCAUGAUACAUGCAGGGAACGGCCUUGAAUUCGGCAUCCCUGGGCUCAUCGCUGAGGGCAAGCACAAUUGCCUGGCGCAAGCCGCCGUACACCCAAUCGAGGGGCCCGGCUUGCUAGUCGAGUCAGACUUCUCCAGCGUAAUCGGGGCUACCGAUCGGCUCUCUUCUCUUCACUUGGAUACCGCUUCAGGAGAAGAAACACAACAAUCCGGCGUGCAUGUUUUCGAAAUCCUCGCGCGCGUGUUGAAGGACGACCGCUUCUCCCAGGCGGCACUGGGCUUCAAACCUUACGACGAUUUGAUCUUCCCACCCCCUUACGAGGCCCAGGUUGACGCACUCCGCAGCAAGGAGAUAUUGGAAUAUACAGACAAGUGGCUCGUGGAUGGCAGCGAUAACGAGCAAGUGCAACUCAAGAUCGAGGAGCUCUGCUGGCUGAACACAGUGGUUUACGCCGCGGGUGGAUGGGGCGGACGCAAGAACGGGACGAAUGGAAAGUUCAACGCUGAUUUCUUCUUAAUGCACUCGGUCACGUCGAGUCUCUUCCUCCCCUCGUUCGUCGCGCACCUCAGCCCGACUUCCACCGCGGUCCUGCUUCGCGCUUACCUCCGGACGUCCCUCGUCUGGUGGGUCGCCCGCGGCCGCCCCACACUCCCAAUUUGCGACUUCUACGCCUCGACGUCUGCCACGCCCAACCCGUAUGCCGCGCAGCUCGCAAAGACAGACAAGACGGCGCUCCCCCUCGCGACCCCCGCGGCGAAUGCUUGGCUGCCCCUGAUCCAAGGCGCCAUCAUGCACACCGACGAGCAUUUCUGCAAACUCCAGCGGGCGCUCGCGCACUUCGCGUCACGCUACGGACAUCGGCCGGCCGGCCACUUUGCGGGCAUGGCUGAUGCAUGCGCGGCCAUAGACGGUCUGGAGCUGCUGGACGGCACGCUGUUCUUGCGUGCUGCUGGCUUGACUGCUGAGCAGAUCGUGGAUAAGGGCGAGGCGCCUUUCUUCUGGGAUCUGCGUGGGUUCUUCGCAUGA